GUUACUAAUAAAUAGCGGAGGAAUAUCCCAACCUGUCCCACCACCAGUUAAAGAACUGUGAAAAAGAGACGACGGAUUGUUCUGCCGUGUUUCUUCCCUUUCACACUGUUGAUACUUUGCUCGGCGAAGAUGACGUCGUCGCUUACGGAGCUUGACGAUGAUUUGGUUCGCAGCAUGUCCAUAGGAGCCGUCUUCUCCGAAUUCGGUGGGAAGAUACACUCCAUUGAUUUUCAUCGAAAGGAUGAUUUACUUGUCACGGCAAGUGAGGAUGACUCAGUUCGACUUUAUGACAUCGCUAAUGCCAAGUUGCUGAAGACCACUUCUCAUAAGAAACAUGGUACAGAUAGGAUAUGUUUUACUCAUCAUCCAAGCUCUGUUAUAUGCUCUUCAAAAUACAAUUUGGAGUCUACUGGAGAAUCAUUGCGAUAUUUAUCAAUGUAUGAUAACCGAUGCAUAAGAUACUUCAAAGGGCACAAACAGAGGGUUGUUUCUCUCUGCAUGUCUCCAAUCAAUGAUAGCUUCAUGUCUGGUUCUCUAGACCACAGUGUCAGGAUAUGGGAUCUUCGAGUAAAUGCUUGCCAGGGCAUCUUACGUCUACGUGGUAGACCUGCUGUUGCAUAUGACCAACAAGGCCUUGUCUUUGCUGUAGCAAUGGAAGGGGGGGCUAUUAAAUUAUUCGAUUCCCGUUCUUAUGACAAGGGUCCAUUUGACACCUUUCUAGUUGGUGGUGACACAGCUGAAGUUUGUGAUAUCAAAUUCAGUAAUGAUGGCAAAUCAAUGCUUUUAACUACUACUAAUAACAAUAUUUAUAUUCUUGAUGCAUAUGGAGGAGAAAAGCGUUGUGGGUUUAGUUUGGAAGCAUCUCCUGGUACUCCUAUAGAGGCUACUUUUACCCCAGAUGGGAAAUACAUGGUGGCAGGCUCAGGAGGUGGAACCAUGCAUGCUUGGAGUAUUGAGACGAAGAAUGAGGUGGCAUGCUGGAGCAGCCAUAUUGGCGUGCCUUCGUGCUUGAAGUGGGCCCCUCGCAGAGCCAUGUUCGCUGCAGCUUCAAGUGUUCUCACGUUUUGGAUACCUAAUAAUGAUUCAAAGUUGAAAACUGAUAAUGGUGGUAAUGACGCUGAAGCUGGAUCUCAACCCCAAACACUUCUCCACUGAACUGAAUAUUUCCUUCCUCUCCCACCCCGCUACAAUUUUGUUUGGCUGUAUAAAGAAAUCAACUACAGCUUGUUAAUUUCGUAAGCUUCCUAGUCUGGUUUCAUUUCUUGAAAAUUUUGUGAUGCUUGAGGAUGUCGCCCAUUGUAAAUUCCAUCACUGAAUGCAAUUUAUUUUGUUUAAUGUUUUUAACUAUAUUGAA